UAUUUCUAAUUCAAGUAAACAUUCUGUCUCAUUCUCUCAUCCGUGAGGCUGUGGCGGUGUGCUUCUGUUUUUCCAAAAAUGAAUCCUUAAAAUCCUCGAAACUAAACUAUAAAACCUUGAACAACACAUCCUCCUUGGUGUCUGGUGACGUUCGGCGCACAAAAUCUCCUCUGUCCACGUAUCUUCCACGCGUUUUUGAGCCCUAGAUAUCAUCUUGGCCUUCCUGCAAUUAUCCUUUCCCAGUUCUUUUGCCUUCUGUUUUUCGCGAGUAGCAGUGUUUCGGCUGGCAUUGAGUUUGUGCGGAAAAUGGCUAGGAUAGUGAGGAGCUGUAUGCAAUCGAUAUUGAAACUGGUGAAUUCAUUGAUAGGGAUGGUUGGGAUGGCCAUGAUUUUGUAUGCCGUGUGGAUGAUAACUGUUUGGCAGAGGCAUAUGGGCGAGUUGCCUUUUGAUGGGUCUGAUCACCCAGCUCCAUGGUUCAUUUACACUUUCCUUGGCCUUGGGAUCACUUUAUGUGUGAUAACAUGCACAGGUCAUAUUGCUGCAGAGACUGCGAAUGGAUGUUGCCUUUAUAUAUAUAUGAUUUUUGUCUUCUUGCUCCUCAUGCUGGAGGCUGGAGUCACUGCUGAUAUAUUUCUGAACCGUAACUGGGAGGAGGACUUUCCAGAGGAUCCUAGUGGGAGUUUUGCUCAAUUCAAAGAUUUUGUGGGAUCGAACUUUGAGAUCUGCAAGGGGAUAGGCUUGACCAUUGUAUCUGUCCAGGGACUCUCUCUAUUAUUGUCAAUGGUUCUGAAAGCUCUGGGGCCACAUCAAUAUUAUGACAGCGAUGAUGAUUAUGCUCCUGAUCGUAGAGUUCCACUCCUAAAUCAAACUGUUCAGCCACAUCCUUAUGUUGUUGGUGACCCUAUCUAUGGAUCGAAAAAUGAUGCAUGGAAGAUAAGAGUUAACGACAAGACAAACAGGUAACAUGAUCAAAAUCAGGAUGAAGCUCACUUCUGGAUCAAAAGGAAGUACAGGAAUGUAAAAGGACAUGUUAUUUGAUGCUCCUUAGCCCAGCUAAUCGACGUUGGUUGAGAUUGGAAAGCCUUCAAGUGUACUUUCAGAGGAGUUGAUGAUGAAGUACAUGUUCAUGUUGUAAUACUCUCCAUUAUAGUUAUAGCUUAGAAGUCAUGAGAAUGACCGUACCAUAUCACAUGUAUUUCUAUUUUUCUCGGCUUACACCACAUGCUUGUCUUGCUAAAAAAUAUCGCAAUAUGUUGUGAGAUAAUAAGAUGGGCAGUUCAAUAA